AUGUUGCUUAUUUGGAUAUAUCUAUUUUCAAUCUUCCAUUUAUGUACGUUCGUUGACUCAGUUGUACAAUGUGAACAAAAGAACGUAACCGUACAAGUACCAGACUUGUUGUUACCUAGUAUAACUACUACAGAAUCACUCGCUACAUGGUUUUAUUGGAAACAAGGUACUCAACUCAAUACAAAUACGAUAGUACAUUUGACGAUUCAUGGAUAUACAUACGAUCAUACAUAUUGGGCAUUUCCUUAUCAAUCACCAAAAUACUCUUAUGUUGAUUAUGUCAUUGAAAAUAGCAAUGGUAGUAUUGUUGUCGUAAACAUCGAUCGAAUUGGAAUUGGUUUAAGUUCAAAACCGGAUGCAAUAGACGUUACAGUCGAUUCAAAUGCUAACGUUAUUUCUCAAUUAACAACGUAUAUACAUAAUGGUGCAUAUAAAGAUAUUCAAUUCACAAAUAUUAUCCUUGUUAGUCAUUCAUUAGGAACAUUGAUUGCAUGGACAGUUGCUUCUCAGACUUCUUAUAAUCAAUAUAUUCGUGGUAUAAUUGCAACAGGUUGGUUACAUGUACCAAACCCAGUGGGAACAGCUGCUGUUGUUGCUUCGAUCUAUCCUGCACAAUUAGAUCCAGUAACUAGUCAGCAAUCGGUACCACCCUUAUAUGUCACAACAAAUCCAGCGAAUAAUACACGACAAAAUAUAUUUUAUAAUAUAAAUGAUGCUGAUCCAAAUGUAAUUCAAUUAGAUGAACAAACAAAACAUACUGGAACAGUAGGCGAACUUGCAACAUUAGGCCUGGCUAUUCUACCGACUGUUACGUUAUCGAUACCAUCUAAUAUUCCUGUCUUAGUCGUCAUGGGACAAUAUGAUAUAAUAUUUUGUGCUCCAUUAGCACUUUCAUGUGAUACCUCAUUAAUUAUAAAACUGAGAGAAAGCUCUAGCUAUCUAUCCACAAUAGACACUUUCGUUCUACUAAACUCCGGUCACGAUAUUAAUUUACAUUUGAACGCACAAUACUGGUAUGAAAAAGCAUUGAACUGGACACUACAACACUUUUAA